AUGGACUCUUCAACUCCGACGCCCAAAUCCAUACUACGCGGGCACAAGUCCCAGAUCCACUGCGCAGCAUUCGCUAGAUCGAAUGAGCGCCUCAUCACAGGCGAUGCAGACGGUUUCGUAGUGCUAUGGGACCUCACGAUAAUGCGCCCACGAGCCGUAUGGCGCGCGCAUGACAAGGCUCUGUUAGGCGUUCGUGGCUGGGGCGACGACAAGAUAAUCACGCAUGGACGUGAUAUGAAGCUCAUUGUAUGGAAGCUUGGCCAGGCAGACGAGGAACAUCUCAGCACAGCUCUUCCUGUAGAAGAUGUACCAACACCCAGAGCCCAGCCAUGGGUACUUCACUUACUCGAAGUGAACACCUUGAACUUCUGUGCUUUUGCUAUCUGUUCAAGCGUGCCUGGGCCUGUCGAUACAGCGUCAGAAAUUUUGAUCGCCGUGCCAAAUACUCUCAACUCAGACGCCAUCGACAUCUACCAUUUACCAUCACAGCAUCGAAUACAUACCAUCAAAGCUGGAGAUAAGACAGGCAUGGCCAUGUGCCUUGCUCUUCUACAUCACGAGAACAUCCUCACGCUUGUUGCUGCUUUUGAGAACGGGUAUGCGACCGUGCAACGACUUGAGGCUGAUGGUCAAUGGGUUACAACCUACAAUUCGCAAGCCCAUUCACAGCCUGUGCUAUCUCUGAGCGUUUGUGAUGACUUCUUUAUCACAUCUAGUGCCGACUCCAUCGUCGCUAAACAUCCUAUACCCACCGAUUUGUUCUUCCCACUCCAAGACCCUGAACCACCUCAAAGCACAGAACGUGUUGUCGAAAUAAUAGAUGAUGAACCCAAGACAGCCUCAAUCCUAUCAGAGAGCCUCAAAGAAUCAUCAUCUCAACCCAAUACGGGUAAUCCCAAGAAGGGCAUUGCAUGGAAAGACACUAUCAAAAUCAUCAACACCAAGCACUCUGGGCAACAAAGUCUGGAUAUUCGAUCAGACGGACGUAUUUUCGCUACUGCAGGUUGGGAUUCUAAAGUGCGCGUCUACUCCAUAAAGACCAUGAAAGAGCUUGCUGUGUUGAAAUGGCACCAAGUUGGAUGUUAUGCUGUCGCAUUUGCCGAUGUGAAGAUAUCGGACAAGGCGAAAGAAGAGAGCACAUCCACUACACAACAAGAGGAUGAGAGCAAAUCCACAAAAAGUCUCACCACACGAACAACCUCUUUAGUCAGAGCAGGACUGAGUGUCAAGGAGCAACGCAUAGCAAUUGCAAGGCAAACACAUUGGAUCGCUGCAGGGGCCAAGGAUGGAAAGAUUAGCUUAUGGGAUAUUUAUUGA